AUGAACGCAUUCUACCUUUCGGUCGUGUUGGCUUCGUUGGUCGUCGCUGACAACAUCUCUUCCCAACUCAACCAGCCAAUCAGCAACGGUGUGUUGACUGUGAGUGGUGCCACUGGUGAGGGUGCUUGUGGUUUAGACAUUGCCUCAUGCUCAGCUGGAGCCCCAAGCUCUUUGUUCACUCCUGGAGCUUCAUGGGUAGCUUCUGACUUGCCCGACGGCCGCUACAUCCUCGACGAUCCAGUCUGCCAAGGCGUCUGCGUUCAAGUUGAAUACGAAGGAGUAACGUGAGUUUAUUAUAUUUUACAAAUGUUUUCUUGAGCAUCUAAAACUCAUUUUAAGUUGAUAUUGAUACAAAGAAUCAUGAAAUUACGGUGAGAACCCGUACUUCACAAUGCCAAUGUUAAUGUCGCCUAUUUUUCAGUGGAGUCUUCCCCGUUGACAACCAAUGCGGAGGCUGUGCUGAUGAUCAAAUUAACCUCUCCACCGACGCUUUCGCCUACAUUCAACCAGCUGACGACACUUCUGGCCUGAUCAACGGAGCCACCAUCACCUACGUCUUCUGUAACACCACCACCGUCUCCUCGUGCGGAAGCUCGUCAUCUGCCAGCUCUGAAACUACCCUUGCCUCAAACACCGCCUCCAGUGCUGCCACCACCGUCGCUGCUUCCAGUGCUGCUUCUGCUGCCGCUUCUUCCGCUGCCGCCUCUAGUGCCACUUCUGCUGCUGCCUCCAGCGUUACCACUGCUGCUGCUGAAGCUACUACUACUGCCGCUGCUGCUACCACCACCGAAGAAGUAUCUUGCUAA